GGCGCGUUCUCGCGCACAGAAUUCCCGGCUCAUUUCAGCGCGCGCUCGAGCAGACACGGGAACGGCGCUCGACGGAUUAGCACAGAAAUCACAGGCAAAACAUCUUUACGGGGGUUAAACUGACGAGGACGAGCAACGGAACCGGUUACAAAUAUAAUGAUGAAUGGUCUUUGAAUGUAUCCCAAUGUCCCAGCCUGGAUGGACGAGUGAAGCAUUGAAGUAAAGCGGAUUUAUUAGUUGACAUGAGUUUGGGAGACGCUGCGGUCAGAACUCCUGCAGGAAGGAGAAUGAAGGCCAGAGCCCCCCCUCCACCUCGACCCCCUCAGCCCGCUCCUCGAAAGGUCUAUCGUAAUGCUGUGCCUGAUGGAGGAGGAUCUUCUGUUGGAGACAGCAAGGAAAACAUUCUUCAGUCCAGCGUGGAUCUCCACAUCACUCUGCCUACAGGGUACCAGACCACCAUCAUUGUGGACGGCAGAAAAGCUCUGAUGGAUCUUUUGGUGGAUCUUUGCAGUCAGUACCAUUUAAAUCCAUCAUAUCACACCCUAGAGCUGCUGUCAUCCGAUGCUCAACCUGUCAGCUUUAAGCCCAACGCCCUGCUUGGUGCCCUGGACGUCUCCUGCGCCCUGAUCAAAGAACGAGUCUUUGAGGACAAAGUGAUACGGAAACCUGCACCCAAAGUGCCAGAGAAAACUGUUCGUGUGGUGGUGAACUAUCAUCGCAAUCAGAAGGCUGUGGUUCGAGUAAAUCCAUUGGUCCCCCUGCGUACCCUGGUGCCUGUGAUCUGUCAGAAGUGCGAUUUUGAUCCGGCCUGCGUGCUGCUGCUCAGAGACAAUAUCAGCAACCACCAGCUGGACUUGGACAAAUCCUUGAGUGAUCUGGAAAUCAAGGAACUCUAUGUCCUGGACCAGACACUAGUUCUCCGGCCUAAAAUGGCUUUGACACCUGGCCUGAGCUAUUCAGCAGAUUCUCUUCACUCCAGUCAGAGUCUGAGCGGCUCAGACAAGAAGGGACUACUGGGAUUUCUGAGAUUUAAUCGCAGGAAAUCAAAGACUGGAGAUCAGUCCUCUGAGGACAUGGACAGUCUUGAUGGUGAGAGUGUUGUUGACAAUGCAGAUACUAAUAUGAAUGGUGUGUCAUCAGUGGCAAGCGCCCCAUGUAUAGAGACCCGUCCCAGCACUUUGGGUCAGUCUCAGUCUGUGAUGAACAUCUCCAGGAUGUCCCCAAAAGUGGAAUUAAAGAAACGCCAGGCUCCAGCACCCCCGCCAGCACCCACACAGAUGAUGACAUCACAGUUAAAGAAGCGCAAGGCUCCAGCACCACCGCCCACCCCGACCCCCAGUACACCUGAGCCAGAUUGCUCGACGCUAUUGUAUGCUGCGCCCAUGCAGGCCCCCAGGAUCCCUGUGCCGGCAGAAAGGACCCUGGUGGCAGUCACCACACCUUCGGCCGACGACUCCGUGUCUGAUCUGAGUCACAGUAUUGAGGAUUCAGAACCGGCCGGGUCCAUCUGCAGUAGCUCCAGUGGUGAUGAUGCAGCUGCAGGUUCCAGCUGCAGCAGUCUGGCAGAGGAACCUGUGGCACAUCGGGUUCAGGUGAUAGCUGAGUACACCCCAUCUAAACCACAGGCUGAACCUGUACCUAAACACAAAGAAGAACCAUCACCCAAAAUCACGAGACAGGAGGAACCAGGUCCCAGUCCCACACUGGAAGAGACGGAUUCAGUGAGGGAGCAAAAACUGGAGGAGAUAGAGAAUAACCGCAACAGUGGAAUAGCCUGGUUGCAUUCAGCUCAUAAGUCUGAGUCAGAGAGGGCAAAAGAUCAGGAAGUGGAAACGGUGUCUGUGGGAAGCUGUGAGAGCUUUGCCGACCAAGGCUACGCAGCGUCUGAGGGCAUGGCUGAAGAGCCAAAUCUGGUUUCUCCCUCUGAAACGAUCCAGUCCGCAUCACCUGUGGGCAUCAUCUCCCUCAAUGGUGGCUCAGAUGUGCCUGUAAAGCAGUCUAAAGACUCUUCCAGUGAUAGUGAUGAAGGCUGUGCCACCUGGGGCUCCAGACACAGUACUGGGAAUAUACAGCGAGGACAUCAGCCAAUCAAGAGACAGAACAGUUAUGAGGAGGAUCCAGAGAUCACAGCUCAGAUUCACCUGACUUUAGCCGCUUUAGAUGCAAAUCUAGCUGACAUGAAUCAGUCAGAUGGAGGAUCUAUGUUUGUGAAUGAUGAAAUCCCAGUGUCUGUUGUCGACAUGGACAUUCCAGUUACAACUAUCGAUGAAGUUCCUACUGACGACACAUCCAGCAAGAAGGAGCGUUUGGUGACAGCAUCGGCCAGCACUUCAAACAUUACCAAACAAUCACGCACACUAUAUGAGGCUAUUCAAAACAAAAACAACAAUGCCAGUCUGACAGCGAAGAAAGUGAGUCAAUCUUCAGGCAUUCAGAAGCAGUUACAAGAUCCUAAGCUUAUGAAAAACACGAGUCCGUCUCCAGACAACCAGAAGCAGUUGCAAGAGCCGAAGCCCAGUGACAGUAAGGAACAGAAGUUUGUCUUGAACCAUGACACUAAGGGUAAAGCUAAAACUGAAGGACUAAAUGGUCAGAAUAACACUGUAUCGCAAAAGCCUCAAAGUCCAGUUGUGCGUCCUACUGUUCAAAGCAUUCAGAAGGUUCCUGAUGACAAACUUAAAUCCUUACCUGUGGUCCGAAAGCUUAGCACAGAGAGGAUGCCUGUUAACGCAGCAAUGCACGGUAAGAUCACCCAGAGCUCGGUCUCACGGUUUGGAAUGAAAACUUUUGUAGUAGUCCCUCCCAAACCGACUGUGUCCCAGACUCAAAAGCCUGCAGGUUCUCUAGUCGUGGGUGCCAUUAAGAUCGACGAACAAGGAAACAUGGUUACACGGAGACAGAUUAACACCGCCCCAGAGAAACACGGCAGCCAUGAAGAGGUCACUAAUGUGAAGAGAGAAUCCUCCCCAGGACAAGCCAAAGCUUUCUGGAACUUGGCAGAGAAACAAGACCAAUCAACGAUGGCCAAACAAGGACCCACGGUAAAGAACAGAGAUACUGAUGGGAUCAAGCCCUCGUCUGUAUCAGCACCCUUUAAAAUUUCAGAGAAAUCACACUUUGAGGAAACAUCCAAAGAGGUGAUUAUAUUAGAAAGGAAAUCCACACCUGUGGUGGCAAAUAAGCCUUCAUUUCCUGUGGAAAAUCCAGGUGAAGGUCGAGAUCUCUCUUUUUUGAAACCUUCCAGAAGAACAUCCAGCCAGUAUGUAGCUUCUGCCAUUGCUAAAAACCAUAGCAUUCCCAGUGCUAAAAUUCAUACCAUUCAGGAGCCACACGAGUCUGUGGGUAGGGUUCAAAAACUACCUUUCAAUCAAACAUUCAAGAAUGAGAGUAUACCUACUAACACACCUUCGGUGGGUUUUUACAAACCUGCAACCACCUUAAAACCAACAGAACGUUCAACAGGACCUAAACGCUCGCAAAGUUACCCCAGUUAUGUUGCGGAAAAGGUGGUGAUUUCGGAAAACUUCAGCAGUGUUGAAGAAGAAACUUUUCUUGGAGUAGACAAAACCAAAUCAUUGGACUUACAUUCUACAAAUAAAGUCCAGUCUUUAACUCAAAAAUCUGCCCACAUUAAACCCAUUAAAUCCUUCUCUGAAGAAGCAACAUCCAUCAGCAGGUUUCCAGACACCUCCUUUCCUCGACAGAUGCCAACAGACUCCACACGUCCACCGCUAGGGAAUAAGUUGGAAGUACACAAAUCUGAGCUUUCGUCAGAACCCACCCCGGGUAACAUGUUCGGAUCAGUAAAGAAGUUUAAACCUGUUAUUUUCAAGCCUGUCCAGAAGGAUGUUUCUCUUCAUGGUUCACUAAUGGAGGCCAUUCAGUCUGGAGAGGGGAUUGAACGCCUUAAAAAGGUAUCUCCUUCUAGCAAUAGCACUAUUAAGAAGCCUUCCUUUGGUGAUGCAGAGAAUGAGCGCUCAGCCCUUCUGUCUGCAAUAAGAGCUUCUACCAACACUUCCAGACUGAAGAAGACCAAAUCUGAAGCGGCUAAGGAGCUGGAGCAGUUCAGGACGACUGAGGAGGACAGAAACAUCCAGAGAGAUAAUAUCUCACCUCCUCCCAUCUCUCCUCCUGCAUUUGUGCCACCCCCACCUCCAGCCUUUUGUCCUCCCCCACCUCCAACCAAGCCGCCUCUGGCGUUGCCUGCCGGGGGGAACCCAGAGGCGACCCGUGAGGCUCUUCUGGAGGCCAUUCGCUCUGGCUCAGGAGCCCAGGGUUUGAGGAAGGUCCCUGUAACACAGACAAGGAGGAAAGUAAACGGAAAGCUUGGCACUGUUCAGGCAACAUCGGCACUUUCUCACGGACACUAGAAACUUUCGCUGGAUCACCGUUUGGGUUUCCAGGAACCCAGAGCCAAAUCUGGUGUUGUAUCAUUUAUGCUAAUGCUGUUGCAGAUAAUGCUUACACAGCCUUCUUUAUUUAAAGUGAUGUGCUGCUUUAAAUCCGUGCCAAUAAUUAUUUGCUUAGUUUUGGGCACUUUAUGUUCUGCUACUUGCAUUCUGAUGAUGAUAUUGCAAUAUUGCUUGGCACUCGAUAUUGCUUUUUUCCUGCAUGUCUGCCUGACUACUACUGUAUAUCUUUAUCAGUAUUUUACCUGAAUAUAUUAUGCAGGUAUUUUCUGUUGUAUCACAGUAUAAGGUGGUGUGCUGCACAAUUCAAUCCACCUGCCAAUCACGAGGAUCUUUGGCAAGGUGCUGGUGUUUUUUUAAGCUACAGUAGAUGGUUAGUGUCACAGUUCAAGGUUUGUUAUAAUGUUAUUUUUCUUUAGGCUUUUCAUCCCAAUGCUUUCAGAAUGAGCAUAUGCUAAUCCACUUGUAAUAAUAAAUAGUAGACUGUAAACUACAGACAGUAGAUGAUGAUUUAAAUAGGUUAGGCAUUACAGAUACAUAUGCCAUAUGUUUAAAUACUUUCAAAUCAUUCUGUAAGACAUUACUGUAUUUUGAAAAACGUUUUUUUUGCCUUAUAGAUGGUGUAUGAUAUGAUUCAACAUCAUUAAAAUGUAAUCAAUGCCUAUUCAGUAAGCUGCUGAAGCUGUUAUGUGCUUCAGCUUUACUUUAUGCCAUUGGAGAAUCGUACACUACAACGCAGUAAAUUGUUUAAUAUAUUUACACAGGUUGUAAAUCUUUUUGUUGUUGUUAUUUACUAUUUAGACUAUAUGAGAGAUCUUUAUGGUUGUAAUAUUGAAUUUAUUACAUGUGUAAACAAAAGCUGAAAGUUGUAUAUUUUUUAAAAGUUUACUUUAAACUAAUAUAAUGUUCACUAUACUGUCACACUAUAGCGAGAGAUUUUUUAUGAUUUUGUAAUGUAAAAAUUCAAAGUUGUUUUUGCUUU